AUGUCCAAUCCAAAUCGCACCUCAUACAAUGGACCCCCACUAUCAGGCCCUGGGAUAAUGUGGGUGAACUCUGCACCGAGAUCGCAACUUGAUGAGGCUGUUUUCAACCAAUGGUAUCAAACAGUACACAUACCAGAUAUCAUUGCAGCAACGCCAUCCAACUCACCUGGAUGCACGGCUGCAUGGCGCUUCAGGAGCAGCGACAACUCAAGAAAGCGCCCCCACCUUGCGAUAUACAAUGUCCCCGACAUGUCGUUUAUCGAAAGCGCAGAGUUCAAAUCGAUAAGUCAGCACUCUGAGCUUUUGCCAGAGAGUGGCCCAUCACAAGACUACAUCAAUUUCGACACUAGAUUUUAUCAGCAAGUGCAAGUGUUCACCAAGCCUGAGGUGAGCGGGAUUGAGGACGGAAGUGGAGAAAUGGGUAAGGUGAUAAAAUCAACAGCGAUUCAGCCAGAAGCGGGUAUGGGAGGAGAACUAGAUCGGUGGUACAGGCAAGAACAUCUUGAGCAGAUAUCACAAUUGCCAGGCUGGAGGAGAAGUAAGAGAUACGAAUUGAUUUUCAAAGUCCAGAGCAAGAACGACCCCGAUGCGGAGAAAGCGCCGAAACAUCUUGCUAUUCACGAAUUCAAGGAAGGAAUUGAUGUGAAGGGGAUGGCGAAGGACGAGUGGACGGCGUGGACGAGACGUGUGAUCGAACAUUCAACAUCGAUCGAUGAGGGGGUGUUUGAGUUGGUGUGGGAGUGUAAGAAGAACGAUGUCACAUCAUCGACAUGAACAUAGCACAACAUAAGUGGUGAAUUUGCAUAGAGGAUGGGAUGAAGCAUGGUUUCUGGCUGCUCCUCGUGCCAAGCUAGCAGAAGAAAAAAAGAAAAGAUCGAGUACGGCGUAAAUCUUCUGCAUUGGUG